CUUUAGUGUUUUAUCUAAAAGAUUGGUCUAUUUGUUUUGGUCUCACAUGCUCUGCUCUGGCUGUUCUCAAACUUCAUAGUUGAUUGAGGAUGACUUUGAAUCCUGUUCUGUCUCCACUAACGAGUGCUGGUACUGGAGGUGUGCAUUACCAUGUCCAACUCCAUCGUGGUUUAGAGAAAGCUAAAGUAGGAGGAUCAGGAGUUCAAGGUCAACGGUGGAUACGUGAGAUCCUGACUCAAAAGAAAGAUACAUAAGUACCUAGGAACUGAACUGCUCGGACAGGCUGUCUCUUAGAUACACUUAGCUCUUCAGAACUUCACUGCUUGUUUCUCAUGCAUCUGGACGCCUGCAGGCCACCUCUACACUUGGCUGCUGGGCUCAAAGCCCAGUUCCCGCCACAGCCGGGCCUCCCGGAAGAGGAGGUGCCUGCUCCGAAGCCUCCGGGGUGUGGCCGCUAACCAGGGAGCUUCCCUGUCCAUCCACCCGUUUGUCCCCGCCAGGAGCCUCAGCACACGUGCACAGGUCCCAGGUGGGUGGAUAAGAAGCAAGGGCUUGGAUUUCGCCUGAGGAGGCCAAAGUGGCACACGAACAGGUGCUCUGGGCGCCUGCGACUCCUCCUCCGUCUUCUCCCCGUUACCCGCUUCGCAACAGGGGGCGCCCUGACCACUGCGGCCCUGAGCUUACUGCUACCCUAGCAGGGUCGGAGUUUCCACAAUGGGAUGGGCAGGGGAUGCAGGCUGUACGCCUCGUCCGCCUAUACGGCCUCGGCUCGCGUCCGAGCGCCGCGUGAUCAUCGUGAUCUUCCUCGGCCUGCUACUCGACCUCCUGGCGUUCACACUGUUGCUGCCUCUGCUGCCUGGACUGCUUGAGAGGCACGGCCGCGAACAAGACCCCCUCUAUGGCUCCUGGCAGCGUGGGGUAGACUGGUUUGCCACAGCCAUCGGGAUGCCAGCGGAGAAGAGGUACAACAGCGUCCUGUUCGGAGGUCUCAUCGGCUCAGCCUUCUCCCUCCUGCAGUUCUUCUCUGCACCACUCACAGGAGCUGCCUCUGAUUACCUGGGGAGGCGCCCAGUGAUGAUGAUGUCCCUGACAGGUUUGGCCAUCUCCUAUGCUGUGUGGGCUACCUCUCGGAGCUUUACGGCCUUCUUGGCCUCCAGAGUAAUAGGAGGCAUCAGCAAGGGGAACGUUAACCUCUCCACAGCCAUUGUUGCUGACCUGGGCUCACCUCCGACCCGCAGCCAAGGCAUGGCAGUCAUUGGGGUAGCCUUCUCCCUGGCCUUUACUCUGGGUCCCAUGCUCGGAGCAUUCCUGUCUGUGGAAAUGGUUCCCUGGAUCAGCCUACUCUUUGCCGUCUCCGACAUGUUGUUCAUCUUCUGCUUCUUGCCGGAGACACUGCCCCAGGAAAAGCGGGCAUCUUCUGUCACCUUGGGCUUCCACACUGCUGCCAACCUGCUCAGCCCCCUGGCCCUGCUUCGUUUUGCAGCUGUAGCUCACAGUCAGGAUCCACCUACUGAAGACGGGCUCAGAAACUUACGCCGUUUGGGUCUCGUCUACUUCCUCUACCUCUUCCUGUUCUCGGGCCUGGAGUACACGCUCAGCUUCCUUACACACCAGCGCUUCCAGUUCAGCAGGGCACCUACGCCCGGCGGAUCCGCCCUGGCAAGGAAGCUGCAGCCGUGAAGCGGGCAAUGUUGCUGCUGGUACCAGCCUUCCUCUUAAUCGGCUGGGGGCACUCACUGCCUAUGUUGGGCUUGGGACUGAUGCUCUACUCCUUCGGUGAGUGGGCUCUGCCAGGGCUGGUGUAGCCAGCCUCAUGCCUCUCCUGGGCUAACAGGUGCCUCCCAAUACUCUCCCACCAGCUGCCGCUGUUGUAGUGCCUGGUCUGUCCACCAUGGUCUCCAGCUAUGGUAAGAGCCCUCCCCGAAAGGCUACUCAAGGUAGGAGAAAGCAAACAGGCACCUGACAAGUCCUCCCCCAUCAGGUUCUCCAGGACAAAAAGGCAC